CGGUUCGGUUGUGCUUGUGCUUGUGCUGAGCUGCGCAGUGCAAGGCUGACCUCCGUUCAUUCUCCGUCCAUUUCUCCAUUCUCCAUUCUCCAUUCUCCAUCUCCUCCUCCACUAGCUAGCGAGCGAAUAGCGGAUUUGUUAGACGAGAGUCGACGAAUCGAGGGUCUGUUACUUUUACUGUUACUGCAAUGGCGUUGAACAACGGAUUGAGGUCCUCGUCGAAACUACUUGCCUUCGCUGAUCCCCUUCUUUCCAGAUCAGUGAGCAGAGGAAUCCACUCAACUGGUGUGAAGAGUAUGGGUGGCGGACAUGGACAUGGACAUGGCCACGACGAACCAUACUACCUUCAUGCUAAGCACAUGUACAAUUUGGAUCGGAUGAAAAAUCAAAAGCUGAAGAUGUCGCUCGCUGUUUUUACUGCCUUUGGCAUUGGCGUUGCUGUUCCUGUCUAUGCUGUUGUUUUCCAGCAGAAGAAGACCGCUUCUGCCUGAUGCACUGGUGCGGUGAUUGAGGUGCAAUAAUGUCAAAAACUUUGCAAUGCCUUGAGUGGAAGCUGCGACGCUCGCUUGUUUUGUUUUCAUUGACAAUAUUGAAUUAGUCACGUUUACUUCUUUGAGCUGUUUCUCUCUGUUUUUGAAGAGUCGGAGAACAACAUUUGGGACUAUUUAUUCUGCAGAUGCUAAUAAAUAAUAUUCAACUGGAUGCUUGAUUGAA